AUGGUGGACAGAGCAUUAUUAGAACACAACCUCCGACCUCCAAGCCUGCAGUUGCAGAAAAAGAAUCCAUCUCUAGAGAAAGAGUUCGAUAACAUCACCCAUGGGCCUCAUCCUGCUUUGGGAGAAUCUUCAGAUGCAGAUGUAAAAUGCGAAUCAGUGCAUGCCUAUGGGGCUUCCAUGUCAACAGCACGCGCUUAUAUGCUCUCUGCAUCAGUAGUGCCAUGGACUAGUUCACUGCGCCACUCCUGGAAGUUCAAACCAACAAUCAUCUUCACUCCAUGA